AUGUCUAUCUGCCAUAAUAUCCAUCUCGUUCUGCGUUUAUAUCUAUCUAUCUAUCUAUCUAUCUAUCUAUCUAUCUAUCUAUCUAUCCCCAUUGUUUUCAACAUCUAUCUAUCUAUCCUGUUUAUCGCUUUUUUCUUUCUUUCUUUGUUUUUUCUGUCUCUCAAAAUCUGUGCAUGUCUAUCUGCCAUAAUAUCCAUCUCGUUCUGCUUUAAACUCUCUCUUUCUCUCUCUCUCUCUCUCUAUCUAAUUCUGUUCAUAUCUAUCUAUCUAUCUAUCUAUCUAUCUAUCUAUCUAUCUAUCCUCAUUGUUUUCAACAUCUAUCUAUCUAUCUAUCUAUCUAUCUAUCUAUCUAUCUAUUUUGGAUACAAUACUCUGGCGCUAUUCACCUAUUUCGGCAGGUACCUGUUCGAUUUACUUUUAAUCAAAGUCUUGCUCCCCGAAACUAGAAACAGAAGGAAGUAUCUAUCUAUCUAUCUAUCUAUCUAUCUAUCUAUCUAUCUAUCUAUCUAUCUAUCUGCCAUGGUCACUUUAAUAUCUAUCUAUCUAUCUAUCUAUCUAUCUAUCUAUCUAUCUAUCUCAUUCUCUUCAGUAUCUAUCUAUGAUUUUACGAUAGAUAUCAAUCAAGGCAUUUUUCUAUCUAUCUAUCUAUCUAUCUAUCUAUCUAUCUAUCUAUCUAUCUAUCUAUCUAUCUAUCUAUCUCCCUUGUCUCUCUUUCGCUCUAUUUAA